AUGGAGAGCGACGGGGACGGAGAAGUUGACGAUGGUGUAGAAAGAGACACGGUUGUCAAAAUGGUGGCUAGUGGGGGUCGGACUGUCAUGACAGCUCCAGUACAACAACCCCAAAGGGAAACUUGGGGGAAGAAGGUGGAAUUCCUGCUGGCUGUCAUAGGGUUUGCAGUGGACUUGGGCAAUGUUUGGAGGUUUCCUUAUAUCUGCUACCAAAACGGCGGCGGAGCAUUUCUGAUUCCAUACGUUAUCAUGCUGAUAUUCGGAGGACUACCCCUGUUUUACAUGGAGCUUGCUUUGGGACAAUAUCAUAGAAGUGGCUGCUUGACCUUGUGGAAAAGGAUUUGUCCGAUUCUGAAAGGAGUCGGAUACGCGAUUUGCGUCAUAGACCUUUACAUGGCCAUGUACUACAACACGAUCAUCGCCUGGGCUUUGUACUACCUGUUCAGCUCGUUCACCGACGAGCUGCCCUGGACUUCUUGUUACAACGAGUGGAACACUGUCAACUGUUCGUCCCUCACGAAUUUCACUGGGAACGGGUCCGUGUCGAACCUGACUGCCAGUCCUGCUCAGGAGUACUUUGAUCGACAGGUGCUGAGGAUGCAAGAGGCCAAUAAAAUCGAGAGGAUCGGGGGCAUCAAGUGGAACCUUGCAGCGUGUCUCUUCGGGGUCUUUGUGUUGGUCUAUUUCUCCCUGUGGAAAGGGGUGAGGAGUUCGGGCAAGGCAGUUUGGUUCACUGCCAUUGUGCCAUAUGUGGUCCUGAUUAUACUCUUCUUCAGAGGUAUUACGCUUCCUGGAGCCAUGGAUGGCAUCAGGUUCUAUCUCACUCCUAAUUGGGAGAAGCUCAAGGACAUGAAGGUCUGGACAGAUGCAGCAUCACAGAUUUUCUUCUCGCUUGGGCCAGGGUUUGGGACACUGCUGGCCUUGUCCUCGUAUAAUAAGUUCCACAAUAACUGCUACAGGGAUGCCAUCCUGACCAGCAGUAUCAAUUGCCUCACCAGCUUCUUGGCAGGAUUUGUAAUCUUCUCUGUCCUUGGUUACAUGGCACGUAUGCAGAACAAAGAGGUGAAAGAUGUUGGGAAAGAAGGGCCUGGACUGGUAUUUGUGGUGUACCCUGAGGCCAUCGCUAUGAUGACAGGCUCUGUGGUGUGGUCCAUAGUCUUCUUCCUCAUGCUCAUCACAUUGGGGAUUGACAGUACGUUUGGAGGCUUGGAGGCUCUCAUCACUGGGCUCUGUGAUGAGUACCCGCAGGUUCUUGGACGACACAGAGAGUGGUUCGUUCUUGGGCUCCUAGUGUUCAUCUAUGUCUGUGCUCUGCCUACCGUCACUUCGGGAGGAAUCUAUGUGGUGGACCUCCUGAAUGCAUAUGGACCCAGUAUCGCCAUCCUCUUUGUGGUCUUUGUGGAGGCAGCUGGAGUGUGUUGGCUCUAUGGAGUAGAAAGGUUCUCAGAUGACAUCAGGAAGAUGACUGGCUUCAGACCUGGGCUGUUUUGGAGAGCUUGUUGGAUGUUCAUCUCUCCUGUCUUCAUAUUUUUCAUCUUCAUCAUGACCCUAUGGAACCAUGAGCCACUGAGAAGAGACUCUUACCAGUACCCUGACUGGUCCAUUGCUAUUGGAUGGGUUCUGACCACUUCUUCCCUCAUGUGGAUACCAUUGUUCAUGGUGUAUAAGCUGGCAAUAACACCUGGAACUUUGCUUGAGAGGUUGAGGAAGUCAGUGACUCCGGAGCGACCACCAGCCAACGAGAGGCUACCAUUGAAGGCAGCCAACUCCGUGGCAUCAUGUGGCACCUCGGUGUCACAAUUAUGA